CCUCAUUCCCUGACCUGCGAUGGCCGCCGCAAUUGCCGACGAUGAGCACGUGAUGGUCAAGAUCGGAGGGCUGCAGAACAAAGCAUGGGCCUCCGAUACGUCCAAGUUUGGGUACAAGAUGCUGGAGAAGAUGGGGUGGAAAGCAGGCCAAGGUGUCGGCAAGGACCUACAAGGGCAAGCGACUCAUGUAACGAUCGUGAAGCGCACAGACGGCCUAGGGAUUGGAUGCAGCCUCAAGCAAGCCGAAGUCACGGGAUGGAGCUCAACGAGCUCGAAUUUCGCCGACGUGUUGGCGGCGUUGAAUAAAUCGUACGGCGCGCCGGAAGCUUCGGACAAGCCGUCGAAAAAGGACAAGAAGGAGAAGAAGGCGAAGAAGGAAAGCAAGAAGUCGUCCAUCAGUCGACGGAUUCUGUAUGCCAAGCGCAUCAAGAACAAGAACGCGACCUCGUACGACGCGAAGGAUAUGGCGGCCAUCCUCGGCGAUGCCGUUGGGGCGUGGGGACCUUCGGACGCCUCGAAGAAGGAGAACAAGUCUGAAGACGUCGGCGAAAGCGAGAACGACGACGAAGAAGCGGCGCGGCAGCGAAAGAAGGCCAGGAAGGACGCGAAGAAAGCGAAGAAGGCGGCUAAGCAGGACAGUGAAUAGGUCGUCUCGGUGUAUGUAUGUAUUCCUAUUUUAAUAACCCAAGCAAGCAUUAGUA